AUGGCUAUGAUCGAAAUAAUUGAAAAACAAUUAGAAGAUGCAAAGAAGUUGAAGGAUUUGGAAGAAAAGUUGUUCAAUGAAGAAUACAGGAAUGAAAAGCAGGAAAAGAGAUGGGAAGAUAAGAUAAAUGAGUUAAAGAAGGAGAAGGAAGGAUUGAAAAAGGAUAAGGUGAAGUGGGAGAACCAAGUGAUUAAUUUACAAAAUAAAUUAGUCGACUUUAGAAAGGAAGAAAUUAUUACAAAGAGUGGGAUCAAACGCAAGACUGAUGAAGAUAUAAAGUUUAAUACAAAAGAACAAAACAGUGGCUCUAUUUAUUUGAAUCAUCGUCUAGCCAAUACCUCUGGGAAUCCUAUCACCCUUCAACAUCUUAUCUUCAGAACCUUUCUUGAGGACUGUGAAACCAUAACACCAAAUGAUAUUAACUAUGCCUUUGUAUUGGAUGUAACUGAGUCUAUGUCAAAUGUAUUUACUAAUAAAGAUGAAAGAAGAGAUGCAUUCAAGAUACUAUUUCGAAAGCAUUAUGAGGUUAGUCUUAAUCAAUAUAUAAAUGCAAAGAUAACAACAGAUGGCUCUUCCUUUGAAAAGAAGGGAAUAUAUAUGACAAGUACAAUGGAAGUAAAAUCAGAAUUGAGGUAG